ACCGAUGCUGCCAGACCUGCUGACUUUCUCCAGCAACUUCUGUUUUUGUUUUAUAAUACUUUGUUGUAUUGCAUUAACUGUAGCUCUUUCCUGAUACCGAAUUCUCACUUAUAACCACUAACACCUGAUUUCCCCCGAAUCACAUUGUGCACAUGCAUAACUUGGAAGAAUAAUCUGGGGAUUGAUGGAACAGUUCCACCUUCUGAGCGCAGAGCACCGAUAUUGGUCCUCCAGCCGGUGGUGGCGCUCCAGCGAGGUCAGUGCGUGUGCGUGACGUUGAACGUUCGCCCAACGUGGGCGGCGGUAACGCGCCUCGUGCCCGCGCCCCCCCUCACUAUGUUAUCGAAUGCUAAAGAUGGCGGAUUUCCUGCCGUCCCGCUCCCUCCUGGCCGCUUGUUUUCCGAGUUGCGUCCUCACCCAGCGAGAGGCCGAACAGCUCCGCAAGAGCAAGCAGAUCGACGAGCUCAUCUCGCGGGAUAAGACCUAUGUGCGGCGGCUGGUGAAGAUCCUGCUGCUCGGGGCCGGCGAGAGCGGCAAAAGCACUUUCCUCAAGCAGAUGCGAAUUAUUCAUGGCCAGGACUUCGACCAGAAGGCCAAAGAGGAGUUCAGGGGGACCAUCUACAGUAACAUCUUGAAGGGGAUCCGAGUCCUGGUAGACGCCAGGGAAAAGCUCCGCAUCCCUUGGGGAGACCCCGGCAACCAGCAGAACGGCGAUGUCCUGAUGAGUUUCGACACCAGGGCGUUGACCGGGGCCGCCGCGGGCCUCAUGGAGACGCGGGUUUUUCUCAAUUACUUGCCGGCCAUCAGAUCGCUAUGGGCAGAUAGUGGUAUCCAGAACGCUUACGACAGACGCAGGGAGUUCCAGCUGGGUGAAUCUGUGAAAUAUUUCCUGGACAACUUGGAAAGAUUAGGAGAUCCAGAAUAUCUUCCAACACAACAGGACAUUCUACUAGCACGAAGACCUACAAAGGGAAUACAUGAAUACGACUUUGAAAUAAAAAAUGUGCCCUUCAAGAUGGUAGAUGUGGGAGGACAAAGGUCAGAACGAAGGCGUUGGUUUGAAUGCUUUGAUGGGGUGACGUCCAUUCUGUUCUUGGUGUCUUCAAGUGAGUUUGACCAGGUGCUUAUGGAGGACCGGCAGACUAAUCGCCUGAGUGAGUCCCUAAACAUCUUUGAAACAAUAGUCAACAACAGGGUCUUUAGCAAUGUCUCCAUAAUUCUUUUCCUUAACAAGACGGACUUGUUGGAGGAGAAGGUCAAAACUGUUAGCAUCAAGGACUACUUUCCUCAAUAUGAAGGAAACCCUCAUGAGCUCUCUGAUGUCCAGCAGUUCCUGGUGCAGUGCUUUCGUGACAAACGUCGAGAUCAGCAGCACAAACCACUCUACCAUCACUUCACCACCGCCAUUAAUACCGAAAACAUUCGUCUUGUCUUCCGUGAUGUCAAGGACACUAUCCUCCACGAUAACCUUAAGCAGCUGAUGCUCCAGUGACAUCCAAUUACUUGUCACUUCUAGUGUCUGGCACUGACAGCAGCUUACACCAGAGUGAUUAAGGUUACAGUUGCUUCAAAAACUUAUGGCAGCUGCUGUAAACUGCUCAACUGAAGAAUGCCAAAUUUAUUUUUCAGACCUGGUCUUUCAAUUGCUUUUGUCCCAGUUGAGUGUUGCUGAGGGUAUUCUAAUCAAGUAAACUCUUAGGCAACCUGACAAGGUUUACGAUUUUGUUUCUUCAAAAAUGAAGAUAUGUGAAACAUUGCCAGAUAGUGCAAAGCUGUGGUGUUGAAUGUGGAAAUUGUCUUGUUAAUAUCUGCUCUCUGUCUCUUUCUCUUUCUCCCUGACCCCAAAAAGGGCUGUUACAAAGCAAAGUGAUUAUUUAUUCCAAAAAAAAAUUGUGUGUGUUACAGAAGCAGGUUAAUGACGUUUUGUUCAUGAAGAAUCCAUUUGGGAGUGAAAUUUGCUGUUGUCGCAUUCAAAUGGUUUUCAUGACUUCUCAAAAAUGUUUAAAAGUUUGCUAUUCGGCCGAUUAUUGCUAAGUGCAUCAGUCAAAGAGUGGUACAUAUAUAACCUAUAGAAAUGUGAAGCAGUCACAAUUUGCCCAAGUUAGGGUUGUGAAUAUUGGAUUUAGUAUUUGAAACCACUCCCAAAUGGAGGUUUUGCAAAACUUGUACGGUAUUUAUGUAACAUUUGCGAUGUUUACAUAUAUUUUGUCAAAAUUGUACAGAAAUGCCAAAUUUUACAGAAUUGCUUCAAUUGUUUGGAGUCUGGGCCGAGUGUAAAAGACACUUUUGAUUGAAUGGCACAGGUACAAAUACCUUAUCACCUGUCAAGUCCUAGUAAACCAAUACUCUGAAUUGUUAUACAGUGCGACUAUAAGCUUACUAAAUAUUGUGUUCAUUGGCCACUUAAUGAAAGAUUUUGACUUCAGUUAGAUGUCUAUUAAAGCAUGAUUUACAGCUUCAGCACAAGCACCACUAAACUAAUAUUGAGGAAUGAGGGCUAUUUUAUAAUUGAAUCCAGGAGGUUUUUUUUCAAUGCAAUUUAUAGUUGAAGAUUUUUCUUGGUAUUGAAGCAUUUGAUAUUACUCUAUGGCUGAAAUAAUCCUGCUGUUUAUUUAAAAUAUUAAUGACAUGAUUCCUAAAUUUGUGAUGCAAUCUAUGAUUAAUUUUUUUUGAAAAUGAGAUAUAGAAAAUUGGUUUUCACUUUAUAAACAGUUGCAACUUCAAAAUACAUUAUUUUGCAGUGUAAAUCAUGGAUAAACCAGUUUUUAAACAGUUGAACUUUUAUAAUUUGUCCUAUUUGAAUUUAGAGCUUAGAAUUCACUAAUUUAUCUGCAAACCUCUUUUCUGUUGGUCAGUAAUUACUAACAGAAGCCUUAUUAAAUCUUUCACACUUGCCAAAAUGCAAAAACAUUCUCUUUUUUGAAUACUACUUUUUACAAGUUAGUAUUAAUAGUUGCCAUGCAUAUGUAGUGAUGAAUUGCUUAAAAACCUUUGAAUAAUUUUAUAAAUUUACAAAUUUUGUUACAAUGUUCUUUAUGCCAUAUUUAAUAUUGGUAUUUUUACAGACUUCAUAAUGCAUAAUAUUUGAUUCAUGUCACUGUGGCAGGUACAGAUCUCUGAAGUCAGUUCCAUCCAGAUUGUGACAUUGUGAAGACUAGCCAUAACUGAGUUAAAUAGAAAUUCAGAAUGUGAAGAUAAAACAGGAAAUUCAUGGAACGACACAGCAAGUCAGGCAAGAGCUGCAGUCAACAUUUUAAAUUGAUAGCCUUUGUAAUGAAAAGUCAUUACUGUAACCCAAAAUAUAUAACUAUUUUUUUCGCCACAAUAACUGCUGAGUAUUUCCAGAAAGUUUACUUUUAAUUCAGAUAUCCAACAUGAGCAGCAGUUGUGUUUUUGCAUCAGAAUUUGGAGCUAACUGAAUCAUUUUAGUUGUCAGCUGUAUGAUGAGAAAACUUGUUGAUUUGCUGGACGUCAGACCCUAAAUUAACUUCCUAAAAUGUUCCCUUUUUUUUGUUGGGGGGUGGUGGGAAGAAAUCCUUUGGAAUGAAUUUGUCUGUUAACGAAAAAUUAUACACAAACUGAAGACAAUUUAUUCUUGGUCGUCUUGAACUUUGCAACUGCUUCCAAGCCUCGACCAAGAUAGAAGUAGCUCAAUAUUUACAGAAUUUUGUUAAACAUUUUGUUCAUUAAAAAAGCAAUAUAUUCUAAUUAAUGCUCUAAGUGACGGUUUACAGUGAAGAGAAUGUUUUAGAAUGUCUAGAUCCUGGAGGAAAUGUUGCUUUAUUUCUAUUUUGAAGUAUUUUGUUGCGGCACAGUCCAUAGACCUUAAUGCAAUGUACUGUGAAGUAUUAGGUGGUUGAGACUGGAGUAACUGUACCACGAUCUGAUAGGUUAUUAAACUGCAUUUUAUGAUAUUGUGCUAAAAUUUACUGUGCCUACUAUGCAACAACUUCAAAUAAUUUUUGAUCAACCUAUUUGGACACAUAUCUCGUGCAAAUUGGACUUGAACCUGGUUGACAAGAAUGCAAGAGUCUUAAUUUUCCACUAAUUAUUGCAAAUGUAUGGAAGGAGACUAUAGUGUUUCAUCUGUCUGGUCUUAAGGCCUCAUAAAAUAGCCACAUUUGUGCCAUUAACCAAAUGCAUUAAUCCUUAAAUUGAACAGAUAAUAAGUAUUAAAAUACUGAAUUUGCUGUAGCUUUUCUGAAGAAUCUAGUGUUAUGUAUGUUCUUUCAUAAUCUACUUUCCUUUUCAUUUCAUCUUUUUGAAGGCUUAUAUUGGGCCAGUUUCUCUGAUAUUUACUCCCAGUGACCACUUUUUUUUGUGAACCUGAAGAAAAAGUACACAGUGCAAUGCCUUAGUACCUGAGCUGGAUACUCUUCUCACAUCCUCAUGUACACUUACACCAGUGUUCCAAGUUUACAUUGAGGUACUGAAGGGUUGGGAUCCAAUCCAUUUGUAUCUUUCAUGAUGUUUCCCUACCUUUUUGUGGGAUGUCAUGUUCAGUUAUAGCAUCUUCCAUUAAGAUUACCUACUCAGGACUCUGAACACUGUGGAAAAACAACUUGUUAUUUGGUGCUACCCAUUGUUGAGGCCAGCAACAAUAAUUUGACUGUUUAAAAUAUUUACUGUCCUCAGUAAGCAAGUAUCAUUUGUUCAUUUUGAGAAACAUUGUACAGUGAGAUACUUAAUGCCCUUCAAUAUUUUUCUGUUCUUUAGGUUACAGAAUAUUUGAAGAUGAACUUGUAGUCACAAAUUUGGAAAAGAUUUUCAUUCUAAGUAGAAUUAAUAAUUUGUAUACGAAACUAAGCUUUAUCUCCUAAAGGCCAGUGUAGUAGUUAUCAUGUGCAGUUCAUUUCAUUGCAUUAAUGUAUCGUGCUGCCAUGCUAAACCAUGUGAAAACUACAAAAAGAUUCCUCCAACUCUGCACAAAUAACUUAGUUGGCAGUUCAGUUUCAGACAAAAAAAAGCAUUGUGCUCCUUCAUUUUUGUAAUGUAAUCCAAAUUGCAACAAGUGGUUUUGGUAAAGUCAAUGUGGUAGCAGUAGCUGGUGCCAGUUAGCAAUUGCUUAAUGUGUUGAAUGGAAUCAUGACACUCAAACUUCCCUAUUUUUCUGUUUGCAAACCUGCAAGUGCUUCAAUUAAUGACAUCUAAUUUAAUACAGACGUGGAAAAUCUUCCUGGUGGAAUUUUGAGUUUCACAUCCAGUAUAUUCUGUUUGCUUGUUUGUUCUGCAGGUAGUCUGCCAGAAACUGAGGAUUAAAACCAGUCACCCCUUGCAUACCAAUUUGCAUCUUCUAUUGUCUAUUGUUUUUCUCACAAGUCCACCAUUUUCUUCAAUGAAGCCACUGAAUUCAUUCCUGCAUCCUCACUUUGCAGAAUAGAUGUUUAGUUCCACAUUCUUAUGAAACUGUAGCAGAGUUUAACUUGUUUGAAAAUAAGAGUAUUUAGAAUUUUUGAUGUUUAAUUUGCUGUACUUUGAAAAGAUUUCAGAGUCUCCUCUGGUCACAACAAUCCUUUUGAGCCCUUUGAAUAUUUCAAGCAUUUUCUAUAGGUUCCAUUUGAAUUGUUAUUACUUAUUUCUUUUAUGACUUUCAAGAUCACUUUAAUUUGAUGAGUCGUUAAGUUUAUAGUUCUAAAGUGAUUGUGCUCUAAAGUGAUUGUGCUCCAUUGCUUCAGUUUUAUUGGCUAACUUCAGUGUCUCAAGUCGUUUGGAAUGUAUCUUUUGGCAUAUGUUUGAUCAAAGAUUUUUGUUAACACCUUAUAUUUCUAUUUCUUCAAUAGCUUUUGUAUGUUCUGUUAUUAAUUCACUCUCUAGAACUUUUGUUGUACUCAUCAAUUUCAAAACAUUCUUUCCCUUUGUCACAAUGUUUGUACUUGUCUCUAAACCCCAUUAAUUUGGAUCAUCAUAAAUUGACUUGUGUACAUACUGACCUUAUUUCUUCCUCCACAACCCACUCAAAUAAUAUUUUACCAUCGUUGUCUUUCAUGUACCUAGCCCUCAUAAUCUAGUCAAACCAUUUCUCUUUAGUCAGUUGACAGGUUUUUUUUUCAGUUUCAUCAUACUCUGGUAUAUUCUUUCCCUUUCUAUUUCAAUUCUGUUUCUAUUCUUUUAUUCAGCUCUCAUUUGUCACCCUCUCCUUGUCAUUUUCUUUACUAUUUUAGCAAUACUUUCUUUAUGCACAUGCUUUUCCAUUUGAUUUCUUGUUCUGAGUCAUCUGUCUGUUCUGUUUCUGAUCAGGUACUGAUGGUAAACAAGCGAAUGUUGUUAAUUGUUUUGCCAAAUUUAUGUUUAUCUAGCCUGAACCUAAUUUCCACAUUUCUAUAUAGACUUGCUUCACUGUCAUUUUAAAUAAUUCAAAAGAACUUUAGGGAGUGUUUUUUCUUAUUUGGCUUAUUUUUAUAGGUCCCAAUUGUGUUUGCAUGAAAUAUUGAAUGAAAUGCACUUUUCAGUAAACCUAAGAGGUUAGAAAACAUUUUUUUCAUUUUAAUAUACCAAUAUGUUAGUUAUAUAAACCACAGCAAUCUUAAACCUAAAAUCUAAUCAUGAUUAGAAUUAUUUUCAAAAGGUUGUUACUGUUUCCACAAAAAAAAAACAAAAUACUGGAAAUAUUUGGCAGGUCAGAUAUUAUUUGUGGAGCAAGAAACCGAGCUAGUGUUGCAGGUCAGUUCUCUUAAGUUCCAUAUGUCUGCCUGCCGAGUAUUAACAGCAUUUUCUGCUUUUAUUUCUGAUCGUCAGAAUCUGCAGUAUUGUAUUUUUGUACUAUGUACCAGGACUGGGUUCAACUAACAAGAACAGUUGCUUGCUAUAUGAUGUAAUGCCUUUUUCUUUUUGCAUUAUUUAAAAUCAAACUUUUUAUUUUCUAUCUUGUGGUGCAGUGCCAAUAUAUUCCAAAUUAUUGCAAAAGUACUGUUUCCAUUUUCAUAUGCUGGCAAUAGCAAAUGGACCUGAUAUGUAUCAGUAAUAUUUGGGAAGUUGUGUGUACACAAAUUGAUGUCUAUCAGUCGGUAAUGAAACUCCUCAGUACCAGCUUUAGCAGUGUUGUAUUUAUACUGCACGGGUUCUAUCAGUGAAAAUUUGUUGAGUGAAACAGCGAACACAUUGUGGUAUCUGCAACUCAUAACUACUGUAAUAUAGUUAGGUUACAAUUAUAUUUUAAACUGUUACUUUGUCAAGGACUAUAUCAUAGAUUUUACUUCAUGUAUAGAGAUACUGUAUUAGGUCAUUUGGGCUGCAAUAAUAAAAAUAUUAACAUAGAAAUGUUGCACCUUGACAAGGACAAAACAAACUGACGAUUUCAAGUUUUAUUUAAUAAAUCACAACACCUGAAUGGAAAAUGAUAUCGGUAGCUAACUUUGCAUACAGAAUCCUUUUGUGCAUUGUAAGAGCAGGUGUAUCUACAAACUAAACGUCACAAAAAGUAUUUUCCCUUCAGUGUAUAUGAAGUACAACAGAACAUUGAGCUAUAAAUAUCUGUUUACCAUACCCUGACAUAACAAAUCUAUUGUAUGAGUUCAUACAUUAUAAUGUUUCUUUGGAGUAGAAUUCUGAUAUACAAGUGACGGCAUAUGAAUAUGCUUAUAAAUGUUGGUUUGCAGGUUAAUGUAUAAAUCUGAGCUAUGAAGUUACUGAAACUUGUGCACUGCUCAAUUUUUUACUUGUUUUUAAUUCAGUGGUUUGACAUUCUGUUGGUCUGCAGGAUUUUGUUUCACUUUUCUCUAUAGAUAUUUCUCUUGAGAGUUCUGACUUUUGCUGAGGUACUAUUUUGUGGAUGCCAAUAGCCUUCCAGUACCAGGCCUUUAUAAUCAUGUGUAAGCAUACAUGUGUUGCAGACUGUUCUGUGGAUGCAUCAUGGCCAAAUUAGACGUCUUCUGCAGAUGUGAUUCCAGAGUUGUGAUCACUUAGUUUGUAAAAUUCAUGCAAAAAUUAAUUGAAAAUGAUCGGGAAAAUCUUAAUCUAUUUAAUUAGCAUUCCUGUCUUUUUCUGCACUGAGCUUGGUCAGAAGAUUUUAAAAAUUGAGAAAAUUGCAAAACAAGAUCUUGAUACUUAAAGGGCUUACUGCUUACCCCCUGUCUUUGCUUCUCCAAUCACCAACCCCAACUCCCUGACAGACACAAGCUGGUUAUGUUUCUUUUAAAUUAAAACAUAGAUACUAGAAAUACCAAGCAGGUCAAACAGCACAUUUGAAAACAGGAACAGUUAAUAUUUUAAGGUCAGUAAUCUUUUGUUUGAAACUUCUGAGAAGUUGUCAUCAAGCUGAAACUUUUGCUGUCUGUGUGUGCUGCCUGACAUGAUGUUUCAAGUGUUUGUGUUUUAUUUCAAGUUUCUAGAAUCAUAUUUUGUUUUGUGUUGUAAAUGCUGGAUGCCUCAUUUUUGCUUAGUAGCCAUUUUCAUCUGUUAAUUUGAAUAGGCUCACCAACCAUGACCUCAUCACACAGCUAAAACCCAUUCCUAUCAUUACCCGGUGUGCAAUAUUCAGCAAAAGUUACACAUUCAUCAAUUGUGAAUUUUUUGGAAAUUUUAUUCUUCGUUUCUUUUAACCCAAUUAUAAUAUUUCCCAACUGAGAUCAAAUACAUUGACACAAAGUAGGAAUGAAACCUAGGACCUUGAAUAUCUGAUUUGGUGUUCCAUCAAAUGGUGCCUUUAUUCAGGACUUGAAAAGGGAGGUUCCUGCAGUCUUACAUUGCUUGUAUAUUGCCAAAUCCUCAAAAAUAAUGUUGUGCCCCUUCAUAGAUCAAAAACUACUUGAUUCUAAAUACUUUUAAGAUGGUAACAUUUGAAAUAGCCAGGAAAGAAACAGACAUCUAUGUUGACAAAAUGAUGAGAUAAUCAAAGUUUUGACUUUUUUUUUAGUUUAGCUCUUUUAAAAAACAUUUAUUUGGCUACAGGUAUUUCUGUUUCAGUUCUUCAUUCCCAUGUUUGGCAACUUUCCCCAAUUUUAAAAAUAUUUUGCAUUCUUUUUAAUUCAUACUGUCUUUCAUUAGUAUCUCUGAUUCAUCACUAAUGCAGUAUUCAAUUAAAAUUUGGUAUGAGUUAAUUUGAUUUAGCAUGAAACAAGAUGUGUAAGAUCAAGUGAUUUACAUGAUAUUUUUCACUUGACAUUACGAUUGGUCUAUCAGCCGUGGUGCAUCUUGACAGAAAGAUACUGCAAGAAGAAUUCAUGGGCUUUCUGUAUAUUUUGAUGUGUGCCAACAUGGUCAUAUUGCUUGUGUAUAAAAUUUAAAAUAAAUUUUAAAUUAAAAUUGAUUAAAUUUUUAAAAGCAUGCACAUUUCUUUACAGCUACGUACAAUGUAUUCCAUUAACCUAGUUAAAUCCUUGUCUAUCCCUUAAUUUCAGUGGCAUUACUUGAAAAUAUUUUGAGCAAUAGCAUUGCAUUUGUGGAAAAUCAGCUGUCAGAACACACAUUAAUUCAGCAGUCAUGGUUUCAAAGCAGCAAAACUGGUUAAAUAGUGCUUUAGCGAAAAGUAUAAUUUUAACUAUUCACUUAAAAUAGUAUAAUUGUGUAGGAAAAUUGUGGUUACUUUUUAAUACCUUCAUGGAUUUGGGGAAUUGGACUGAAUCCUUUACAUCAUUUGCCUUUACUUUGUUGUAUAUUUUCUUUUGUUCAGAAAUGGCAGUAAAUUAUUCAGAUUGGAAAGCUGAAAGUAACUUCUUGUUUUGGUUUAAUGCUUUAGUUACUAAUAGUGAUGCUCUUCCCAUUAUACUGUAUUUGUAUAUUGCUCUGUACAUACAAUGCAGAAAGUUUGUCUUUGCAGCCAAUAAUGCCUUGUAUAAAUUUACUGACGUGUAUUAAACACAUUUACAACUUA